AUGCGACCUCAAGGUCACCCCAAGCCACCGAACGCCAGUUCUGGGACUCUAAAAUAUAAUGGUGAGGAUUUAUUAUUAACACGCGGCCGUGAUAUAUAUGAUUUUUCUCGAUUAACAUUACGGAAAUUAUAUACAGCAAAAGAACUGAAUGAUAGUAUUCUCCCACCUGGUGCUGCACAUUUAGUUCGCCCUUCGUUAGAUGGUAAACGUUUCGAGAAAUUUCAUGACGUUGUACGUGCAAAAUACUGUAUUUCAUCAUUACUUUACGAUCAAUGUUAUUCAAAACUAAUUCGUCCCCGAAUGGCUGAUUUUUUAAAUGAUGAAAGAAAACGUCAAGCAAAAGCAUUGAAACAGCAAGCAGCUAGAACACAAACAAAUGGAUCAUCCGAUUAG